CAUGGGGCUCACUAACAAAAGAUACUUAAUACAUAAGCCACCGAAUAUAGCAACUUCAUUUUCAGUUUUUUCACACUGAACUCUUUUCUCUCCCUCUUUCAUCUACACCCAACCAAGAGUUAAAUCAGCAGAUAUGAAUCCAGGGGGUUAUACAGCAGAAGUUACAGGUCUUUCCCCUAAUGCUACUGAGAAGGAUGUUCAGGAUUUCUUUGGUUUCUGUGGGGCAAUUGAUCAUGUUGAGAUUGUCAGAGCUGGUGAACAAGCAAGUACGGCCUACGUGACAUUUAGAAAUCCUCAUGCCUUGGAAACGGCUGUUUUGCUGAGUGGGGCUACCAUUUUGGAUCAACGUGUGUGCAUAACCAGCUGGGGUCACUAUCAAGAUGAAUUUGAUUAUUGGAAUCAUUCAUCAUGGAAUCCUCAAGAAGAAAGUCAUUCACGUCAGGACCCCCAAGGACACUAUUUUGUUUCUUCUGCUGGGGAAGCAGUGACAUUAACUCAAGAUGUGGUGAAAACCAUGCUAUCUCAAGGGUAUGUUCUUGGAAAAGGCGCAUUGGAAAAAGCCAAAGCUUUUGACGAAUCUCAUGGGCUGUCAGCAACUGCAGUCUCCAAGGUUGCUGAUUUAAGUGAGAGAAUCGGCCUCACUGAUAAGUUCUGUGCCGGGGUUGAAGUGGCCAGAUCCGUGGAUCAGAGGUAUCACAUUUCCGAUACCACCAGAUCAGCUGUUUCAGCUACAGGUAGAACUGCCCUCUCUGCUGCAAGUGCUGUUGUCAACAGUAGCUAUUUUUCCAAAGGAGCUCUUUGGAUGUCUGGUGCUCUAAGUAAAGCAGCUCAAGCUACAGCUGAUUUGGGUAGCCGAGGCACUAACAAAUGAGUAGGUCCGACCAGUUGCCAUGUAGCUUAGACGUUUCUAUAUGAGAAUGGUACUAGUUGGUGUAGUUUCCUAGUGUAUAUACUUUUACAACUGUCGCAUGCUGUAGUAUACCUUUUUAUAGGCAAUGGUAUUAGUCCCCUCUGGGUUGUGUGGUCUAAAGUCGUGAAUAAGUGGAUUGGUGUAAUGGUGUUUGAUUCAUCCGGAAUCGAACUGGUGCUAAAUUUCAAGUGUUGUUGUGAUAUGAGCUUGUUGCUGUGAAGGACAUAAAUAGUACGAUAAUACGUGUUUCAGUAGAAAUUUUCAUUUCAAUUUAUUUCUUGUAUGUUCAGAAGA